CAGCUCUAAAUGGAGGACGAACUGCGAGACAUGAAAGCACACAAAGCGUACUACAACAUGCUUCAUUUCGUUUCAGAAGCCCAACAGGGAAUUCCGAAGCUGUGCCCCUGUGGAUCUAUCACAAAGGAGUUCGUCGACGAAGAUGAUACGUAUGAUUACCUCCCGGGGAAAAGAUACUUCAUCUGCACAGACUACCAGAACGACGGGCUGCAUUUUAGGCAGCCAUGGGUAAUGGGUGUGCAACAAGAGAUUGAGAGGCUCAAACUAAAGUUUCUCGAGCAGGAGAAGCUCCUGCGCGAGUGCGAGGCGCUUAAGGUUCAGGUUAAGAUGCUUCUUGAGCGUGUGUGUGAGCUCGAGAGAGUCCGCUGAGGUUAGUGCUUUGAACCCUUUUAAUCAACAGUUAAAAAAAUUAGUUGGUACAUGUGUGUGUAACUAGGAUCGUCUGGUGUGUUUCCUUGUAGUUUGAAACCAAACUAGGAUAGUGGUGUGUGUUGUAGUUUGAAACCAAACUAGGAUAGUGUUGUGUGUCUCCUUGUAGUACCAAACCAAACUAGGAUAACGUUGUAGUUUGGAAAUAAGGUUAACUUUGUAGUUUAAAUUCCCACCAAACGAUCAUUAAAUUGUGCCUUAACUGCUUCUUUUUAGACUUAAAGGUCGUGAGCUGUUUUGAUAGGACACAUUCCCACUACGCUUCAAUGCUCUUAGUGGAGAAUCCCUUAUUUAAUCCUCUGUGUUUCUACUAGAGAAACACAGACUUAUUUGUAAAUGGCAAACUACAAUGGUUAUGUUAACCUAUUAGCGAGCCAAGGGUCAAUUGACCUUGGCUCAUCACAACCCUUUCCUAUUCCCGGUCAAAGUAAUGAUGAGCCUGGUGUCAAAGAGAGGAGAAAGUGGACAACGAAGGAGGAUGUAAUCCUCAUAGGUGCGUGGCUCAACACCAGCAAAGACCCAAUAGUGAGUAAUGAACAAAAAGCCGGAGCCUUCUGGAGGAGAAUUGUAGAGUAUUACAACGCUAGUCCUCUUCUCGUUGGGACUAUCCCUCGAGAACUUGGGCAAUGCAAGCAAAGGUGGGCUAGGAUCAAUGAUGUGGUCUGUAAAUUUGCUGGAUGUUACGACAUGGCACUGAGGGGGCAGAGGAGCGGGCAAAAUGACAACGAUGUGAUGAAGUCAGCCUUGGAUAUCUUCCACAGCGACCAGAACCAGAAGUUUAACUUGGAACACGCGUGGAGAGAGCUCAGGCAUGAUGUGAAGUGGUGCUCCACCUAUCUUGAGAAGGAAAAGCGCAAACCAGUGGAUCCUGUUGAUGGCGAAGGGGCAGUGCCAGAGCCAGAGGAGAGACCAGUUGGGGUCAAGGCUGCGAAGGCUGCUAAAAAGAGGAAGAAAACUGGAAAAGAAGAAGAAUUGGCAAAGCUUGAGAGUUUGUUGGAGAUCAAAAAACAAAUCUCAAAGCAAAGUUUGCUAGAGAGUUUGCUUGCAAAGUCUGAGCCUCUCUCUGAGAUGGAGUCGGCUCUGAAAAUGAAACUUCUGUCUGAGUUGUUGUAGGGUUUCUUAGCUCUAAGUGUUUCACAUGUUUGCAUUAGACUAGUGAUUAUCCUUAGUUUCACAUGUUUGCAUUAGACUAGUGAUUCAUGUAGUUGUCAUUUAACUUGUACAUCUGUGAAUAUCCUCUGCUUACACACGUGAUUUUCCUGUCUCAGGUGAAGUACAAGACCAUGUGCUUGUUGAAGACUAGAGCUGGCAUCUUGAAGUCACGGGUGGUUUGUCUCUUUCUCCUGUUAUUUAGAAAUCAAGUCACGGGCUCUUUGUUUCUUGUUGUUUGUAUUUUGAUGUGGACCAAGUCGUGUACCAUGUUGCCUUUAUAAGUCUCUUUGUAGACUGGGCUGUUUAAGUGAACCAAGUGUGUUUCUACUUCCUUGUAUUCUCUCAAAAACUGAUGUAAAAUGAUGUUUUAGUGUUUUCUGUUUCCUAUGCUCUUCUUUGCCUUCUACUUCCUUGUUUCCUAUGCUCUUCUUUGCCUUCUAUUUACAUAUUUACAAACCAAAAUAAGAAACAAGGCUCGAUACACAGCAACACAACAAGGCUCAACUCAUCCCACUGCAACCUGUAAGCCUUUAAAAAAUAUUUAGGUAACCUUCAAACAUUUACGUAACAUUUAUGCUGAAUCCUUCAAACAUUUACGUUUCAUAAUAGUUCUUCAAGCAUUACUCGAAGGAAAACAAUAAAAACGAUAUAUUGUUUAAUUUUGAUAAACUGAAACUUACCAUAGAAAUACUGAACAAUAUUUUUAAAAACAGAGUAAUUUUAUUAUUUGACAAAAAAUAGACUACUUAUUUUUUUCUUCUAAAGUAAAACAAAGAGUAACGUAUACAAUUUCUUUCUAUUUAAUUUUGGUUGUUUCUUCAUUAGUCUAAAUAAUUUUUGAAGGAAAGAUAGGCAAAUAUGGGAGAUGAAGUCGACCGAAGACUCGAUGCGGCUGUCAACGAGGCUUUUGAUGAAUAUUUUGAAAAUACAUACAACAGCAUCGUGGAGAAUCGAACAGAUAAAAAGAAGAAACGUGCAUAUGUCGAAAGAAACCGCGAGGCGGGCCACAACCGGCUAUGGAAUGACUAUUUUAGUGAAAAUCCGUCAUUUCCGGAAAAUCUAUUCAGACGUCGUUUUCGCAUGAACAGGCAAGUAUUCAUGCGUAUUAUCAACACCCUCUCAGCAAAUGUUCCAUUCUUUCAGCAACGGAGGGAUGCGGUAGGACGGUUGGGUCUAUCUACACUACAAAAGUGUACGGCGGCUAUUCGUAUGCUUGCUUAUGGAUGUGCGGCUGACGCCGUCGACGAGUAUCUCCGACUCGGUGAAAGCACCGCUCUUUCAUGUUUAACCCAUUUCACAGAUGCAGUCAUUCUAUUAUUUGGAGAAGAAUACCUACGGAGACCCAAUCCUGAGGAUCUUCAACGUUUGCUCGAUAUUGGAGAGAUCCGCGGCUUUCCGGGGAUGAUUGGAAGCAUCGACUGUAUGCAUUGGGAAUGGAAAAAUUGCCCAACCGCUUGGAAAGGACAAUACACCCGUGGAUCAGGAAAGCCGACACUUGUUUUGGAGGCUGUAGCGUCGCAAGAUCUUUGGAUAUGGCACGCUUAUUUCGGUUCUCCAGGUACCUUAAACGAUAUUAACGUCCUUGAUCGAUCACCUGUAUUUGAUGACAUUUAUGAAGGUCGAGCUCCAAGGGUAACGUACAUGGUCAACGGACACCAAUAUGAUUUGGCGUACUACCUCACGGACGGUAUAUAUCCAAAAUGGUCAACAUUUAUCCAAUCUAUCACACUCCCUCAAGGUCCUAAAGCAGAGUUAUUUGCUAAAGUUCAAGAAGCUACCCGAAAAGAUGUGGAGCGUGCUUUUGGUGUAUUGCAAGCUCGAUUUGCGAUAGUGAAAAACCCGGCGCUGUCGUUGGA